AUGAAGGCAGGAAACUUCUUCCUCAGCGCCCUUAGCCUGGCAGCAAACCUCUACACAACCAAGGCUGCAGAUUGCGGCGGCUAUGGAGUAGGCAGCGACAGCAUUGGAGCCUGCACUGACAGAACCGGAAACUACAAAGAUCGCGAGAUCUUCUGCACUACUCUAGUUGGACAGGGAAACUGGAAGCGAACCUGCCAGAACGGUCGUAACUCUGGCAAAUGCCAUUUCGAGUACCAAGGCCCAGGAAUGCCCCAGCAGAUGUGCUGGGACGCAUAUGAGAAUAUCAUCAACCAAUGUUUCAAUCACCAGAACGGUGGAGGCUAUCAUUACGGCACCUGGAGCCUCAAUGGCCAUUGGUUUGCCAUUGAUAGGUGCAGUGCUUGA